AUGCGCUUCUCGUGGACCAAGUUCAUGAGCUACGUGGGGCCCGGUUGGCUCGUGAGCAUGGCCUACAUUGGCCCAUCGAGCCUCGAGGUGCGGCUGCAGGCCGGCGCGUACACCAACUUUGACGUGCUCGGCGUGCUCAUGCUGAGCCUCGGCGUCGGCUUCUUCUUCCAAGUGCUCGCCGCCCGCCUCGGCGCGGUCACGGGCCGCAGCCUCUCGGAGCACUGCAGCGCCGAGUACCCACGACCAGUUUCGCUCGUGCUCUGGCUUGUGGCGGAGGCGGCGAUCAUUGGUAGCGACGUGCAUGAGAUCCUCGGAUCGGCGCUUGCAUUGUAUGUACUCACGGGCAUCCCUCUCUGGAGCGGCUGCCUCGUCAUUGGCUGUGCGACCUUUGCCUUCCUCUCGCUGCACGUGCUAGGCGUCCGCUACGUCGAGGCCUUCUUCACGGUGCUGCUUCUGGCCAUGGGCCUGUGCUUUGUGGUCGACUUUGGCCUGGUCAAAGUCGACUGGGCCGACGCUAUUGGCAGCGUCGUACCGCUCAUCACCGACGUCAACGCGCGCCAGGCCAUGAACACGCUAAGCCCGGCCGUCGUGCCACACAACCUCUUUCUGCACUCGGCGCUCGUCGCCCUCCGACCGCUCAACCGCCAGCAGCGCUCCGCCGUGCGCGCUGCGACCUUGUACGCGUCGGUCGAGGUCGGCAUCGCGCUCUGCACCAUCUUGGUCAUCAACGUGGCGGUGCUCGGGCUCUUUGCCGACGCCUUCUACGCCGCCCCGUGCUCGGUCUUGCCGGAUCAAUCGGCCUGUCUCCCGCCCGCCACGGCCCUCUUCUCGGGCUCACCCGUGUACAACUACUACUCGCUCGCGCCAUGCCUCGUGCUCAACCACACGGUGAGCGACGACUGCCCGCGCUGCGCCAUGGGGCACACCCAAAUGUACGGCUACUGCCAACCGUUGGGGCUCGUUGAUGCGGGCAGCGCCCUGCGGGACACCUUGGGCGGCCCGGCCGCCCAUGCGUGGGCCAUCGCUCUCCUUGCAGCAGGACAAGCAAGCACGAUGACGGCCACGUACGCCGGCCAGUUUGUCAUGGAAGGCUUCGUGCCGCUGCGCUUGCCGGCGUGGAAGCGCAUUGCACUCACACGCGUACUGGCGCUCCUUCCGGCGGUGAUGCUCGCCGUGUCGGCGCUCGACAAGGGCGAGCUGGACCAUACGUGGCUGCACGUCGUGCAGAGCCUCGCCUUGCCGCUUUCGCUCUUGCCGCUCGUGACGCUCACGAGUUCCCGCCGCAUCAUGGGCAAACACUUUGUCAACGGCGCGCGCACGCGUACGGCGGCCAUCGUGCUCGCCGCUGUGCUCUGCAUCCUCAACUUGUACGACGUCGGGUCUGCGAUGGCCGCGAUGCUCUGGACGUCGGCGAGAACGUAUGCGACGACGGGCGCGGUGGUUGCAUAUGGGAUCGUUCUGCUGUACAUUGGCCUCAUUGCGCCGCUCUGCGCGUGGCGGGCGGCAAGUGUCGAGGCGCCCGACGCGAUCCUCGAGUCGCUUCUCGAUGCCGACGACGACGACGACGCGGCGUGA